AUGAACAGUCACAGGCGUCUUUUCGUGGCCACUCUGGUGGGAAUCGGGAUUGGAUGGGUGGCUUUCGCGCCAACUUCUCCAUUUUUAAAAAAUGAUUUCCCUCGUUUAGCCGAUGAAGAAAAACGUGAACCUGUGGAAAUUUUGGCGGAUGAUACAGAAAAUGGUGGAUACGAUGAUCAAUUGGAAAUGAACGAGGAGAAAUCGUUGAUGCAAGAGCUGGGGAUUACGCCCGAUCGAAGAUGGCCUCGUAUUUUCUGUAUGAUCAACACAAUGCCCUCUCAUGUCGAUAAAAUCAAAACGGUUAAUGCCACAUGGGCUCGUCACUGUGAUGGCCAUAUUUUCACAACGACAAUGACAAAUGACACAGAGAAUAUCCACGAUUAUUGGACUUUCAACUUCACAAAUGCCCGUUACAAUAUCAAUAACCAUUACUGGUUGUGGGAUCGUUUACGUGCUGGGAUGAAGAAACUUUACGAGGAGAAAGGGAAAUCCUACGAUUGGUUUUUGAAAGCCGACGACGACACAUUCGUUGUGAUCGAGAAUUUGAAAGAAUAUUUGAAGGGUCGUUCGCCGAAUGAGCCACUCUAUUUGGCGACAAUGCUCAAAUAUAUGGAUCAUUCGUUGACGAAGAGACCACGCGAUUUCAUCUAUCCGAGUGGUGGAUCGGGUUAUAUUUUGUCGAGAGAGGGACUGAAAAGGUUCGUAGAAGUGAUCGAGGAAUCGAAUGGGGAGAAGUGUCGGAACACUUCCUAUCUCCAUGAGGACACGGAAGUCGGUUGGUGUCUUCGGAGUGCGGGCGUUACGGCGAUCCCGUCCGUUGACCGGCAGGGAGCUCAUAUGAUGUUGCCAAUCGACGUCAUGGAUAUCAUUCAUCCAACAAACAGGAUCAGUGGAAUGGAUCGGGGAUGGGCGCGGCAAUCGGUGGCGGCCAAGCUACAGCCGGGAAAAGCUUGUUGCUCAACAAAUCUGAUCACGACGCAUUAUGUCAGUGAUAUAAUGAUGGCCACCUAUUACUAUCUCGUUUAUGGAGUACGAGUCGCUGGACGAGAUGUCGAUGUUUUGGGA